CAUGGCUGCGCCCAUGAGAGCAUGAUUUCAAAUUGUGAAAUUUCCAACUUUAACAAAGUUAUACGAAAAGACAAAAACGAAACAAUUAAAUCAAAAAGCCAUGGAGAGUUUAUAUAUCAAAAGGGUUGCCAUUCCAAUAGCUGUCAUUGGAGUUGCAGCACUAUGGACCCUGUACAAACAUCUCAAGUCUGCUGUACACCAAUUAAAAUUCAGAGACAAAUCCAGUAAGGAAAUUCACAUUGUUGACACAGUAGACAAAUGGGCUCAGAUAUACCUGGAGCUGGUUAGGAGGUGCUCAGUAAUCAAGGCAGUUGGAUUCGAUUGUGAGUGGGUUUUUACAGGUCACAGGCUUCCAGUGGCACUUAUACAACUUGCAACACAUGAUGGAUUCUGUGUUCUUGUCCGAAUAUUUCAGCUUGACAGUAUCCCAGCUACACUCAGGCAGUUUCUGUCAGAUAAAAGUAUUUUAAAGGUGGGAGUGGCCUCUAGGGAUGAUGGAAGAAAACUACUGAAGGAUUAUGGUAUACUUGUGUCGGGAUGUGUAGAUCUUCGUCAUAUCUUAGCGAGAGUGAGAGGAUAUCAGUGCCCAAGCCAGAGUUUGCAAGGUAUAGCUGAAGGAGUCCUGAAUGUGUCAAUGGUGAAAGAUCGAGACAUACGAUGUGGAGAUUGGGAGGCAGAACAACUUUCACAAGAACAGGUAAAUUAUGCAGCAGACGAUGCCCUGGUAGGGAUGGAUAUAUUUAUGCAGCUGAUUUCUGUGAAACUUUAUGGAAUUAAAGUUAGAAAAACAAACUUCUAUGGCAGUGUUAUAAGUUCAAAUGAAGCAGAGGUUUGGCAAACUGCCAGAUCUUUAUGCCAAGAUAUUGUAGAUGUCGCUUUUAAAAGCAAGAAGCUAUCUAGUUUGUUACUGCCUAAGGGAGACUACUCUUCAGAGGAUGAGGAGGGAGAUAAUGACAGAACUGGUUCAUCAAAGCAUGCUUCAUCAUUAUUACACAAAGCUGGUAAACAUAAAUCUAAUACGAAGGCGUUUAUGACGAGACAGCGCCCUCUAUAUUACAAUGCUCAGCUGCUGGCCCCAGAUGGUGAAUGUUUAACGCUGUGUGAUAUACGAAAAGCAAAAUGGUACAUUGCUAAAGGCCUUGGUGUACAAGUGAGUGAUGAUCCAUUUUGUGUAAAACUGAAGUUCGAACCUAAAGCUCGGCCAACAAGUGAACGCGAUUACUACCUAGAAGACAAAGAAAAUAUAUGUGUAGUUUGUGGAGCAGGUGAAGAUUACGUUAGAAAAAUUGUUGUACCUCAGGAAUACAGAAAAUAUUUCCCAGCCAUUCUCAAAGACCAUUCCUCACAUGAUAUACUGUUACUGUGCAUAUCCUGUCAUCUGAAGUGUGCUGAUUAUGAGGCAGCAUUAAGACAACAGUUAUCUAUAGAAUGUGAUGCUCCCCUAGACUCGGGGAAAGAUUCAAAACGGCAAUGGGACCAAGAUCUAGCAAAAGUUGUCUCUGCAGCAAAAGCAUUAUUGAAGAGCAGAGAAAAAAUUCCAGAGUCACGAGUUAAAGAAUUGGAAGAAAUUGUGAAAAGAUUUUAUGGUGUGCAAUCAUUACCAGCAGAACUGCUAGAAAAUACGCUGACAAUGGAAGUCAAAAUUAAUAAUGCAAAAUUUGUACCACAUGGACAGAAGGUAGUGCAGUAUUACAUAGCAAAAGAAGGAGGACUUCUGGAGUUUGAGAAGAUGUGGCGGCAACAUUUUGUAGACAUCAUGCAGCCCAAGUAUUUACCUACAUUAUGGUCAGUGGAACAUAGACCUGAAAGGAUGAAAGCAAUGUGCAAUAAUAAUUGACUGGAUAUUUUAUGUCAUAUAUGCCUGUAUUUAUUUUUGUACAAAUGUUCAGUUACAAUGUCACUUGAAACAACAGUCAGUACAGCUGUAUUAAGGUUGAGGACCACCAAUAACAGUAGGCAGUGUUAAGGUAGUGGACCACUAAUAACAAUUAGCAGUGUUUUGGUAGUGGACCACUAAUAACAAUUUCCUUUUGGAUAGAUAUUCUUCCUAUGAAAUUUUAGCAUGGCAGGAAACCAUGUGCUCAUGUAUAAGCUACAUUUAAAACUAAUGAAUGCAGAUGUAGAAUGUAAAGAUAGGUAACUGCUCAGAAACUGCCCUUGAGUACCUUUAUUCCUUUAAUAUGAAUACAUACAGAUCAGUAUAGAACUAGGAGAAACCAAUGAUAGCACAGAUACCUGGAAUAAACACGUAUAAAGAGAAAUAAAUUGUUAAAAAAUGUAUAAGAAUGAAUUACAGGUGUAACCCUAGGGAAAGAUCAUAUUAAUCAAUGUUUUAAAGCUCUUCUUGUAAUAUGGUUUACUAAAGGGGCAUGCCAGCAAAUCUAAUUACAGUUUAAACUGUGUAUCUCAAAUUCCAGGGGGUUGAGCAUAUUACUUUGAGAUGCCAAAAUUCUUCUGAAAAAAUGAAACUCUGUGUAAGUGUUUUCAGGAUGGGCCUUGAAAAAUUCUAUGUUGUAGCCAGAAUUUAGAGAUAGUACCUAAGUUUUUCAAAUCAUAGGUUUGAUGUGAAAAAGCUUUGAAAUGAAGACAAAUGUCCAUAUAUUUCUCAAAAACAGAAUUAUAGACAAUAUUUUAACCAGAAGUGUGGAGUUAUGAGCAUUUAAUAUUUUCAUGUUAACGAAAAUUUUGUGAUCAAGGAAAUGUAACUCUUCUUGAAGAUGGAGACCAUAAGCAUCAAAGGGACAUAAUAUAGUCAAUAUUUUCUAAUUAGGUGCAUUUGAUUUAACAUUCAACUUUGACCUGGAUUGCUAAAUAAUGAUCCAUGAUACUAUGUGCUAAAAAUUUAGAACAUCUGGAAUAGUCUAUUAACAGCAAAACUAUGCUUUAGCAGAAUCUAAAUAGUUAAGCUCUAACUGGGACUCGAACCCAGGACCUCUCACACCUAAGGCAGACACUCUACCACUUCCCUAUAACAGCAGUAGCUAAUAGCUAUGCAGUUUAAUUGCUGGAUUACAUUGCGUGAACUGGAACAAUAAUCGGUGAACUCCGGAUUAUCGGCGUAUUCGCUUUGUUACCUAACGGCAAUAUUUGUGUAAAGAAAACAUAUACUCUAAUGCUGCCAUCGUCAUAAUCGGUCAAAUCUGCCCAAAUUUCUCUGAUGUGUGGUUCAGAGUAUGAACUUACUAACUGGUAGUAUGUACCGCUAUCAGCCGUUUUAUAUAUAGUUCGUUAGUCGAUCGUAUAGUGGAUUUUAUUUAGUACAUAAAAAAAUGAGGUACAGAGUUCUUUAAAUAUGAUUUAUUCAUUCCAUAUCCCGAAAUUAUCCUGAAUUAAUUAAUACAUAAAAAUCUCUCUCUCUAGAUGCACAUUUAAAAUAAAUAAUUCUAUCUUUCUUAAAUUAAUUUAUCCAUAGUUCCAAAAUAGUCCUUUAGAAUAAAAUAAGUGUAAUAAUAAUAAUUAUAAUUUAGAAUCUUAAAUGCCAAAACUGAGAGACACCCAUCUUCUUACAGCUCUGCUUGAAAGCUAAGGCGCUCUGCAGCAAAAGUGCUGCCUAGCUAAGGUGCUCUCGACAUCCUAACCUACUAAGCCCACCUAUCAGUCUGUUAAUGAGACAAGAGUUAUAUAGCAAAACCGUUAAGGAUGAUGUGUCAACUGAUGACCAUUUCUCAUGCCACCUUAGUGGAAUUAGUAUAUAAUAUAUUCUAACAAGGUAUAUUUAAGGAAAGCAAUCCAGUAACAUCUUAUAAUAAGGAUAGAUAUCUGCACGUCGAAUAGAUACCACGGUGGCACUUGUCAUGCUUUAUCUAAACUUGCUGACCCUUAAAUUAGUCUCGCCUUUACUAUAGUCUAGCUACUUUAAAGAAAAUGAAUAUGAUUUCAAGUUUAGAAAAUAGUUAAAAUCAAAAUCUUAUCAAUUACAAUAACGAUAAAGUCAUAGUAUUAUAUUUCCUUCCUUUCUUGGAAAAAUAAAAGUGAGAAUCACUUUUCUUUUUAAAAUCAGUGCAGAAGUAGAUAAAGAUGUGCAUCCUUACAAGACAUACAAUUCACACUCACACAGUCCUAUCAUGAUAACAAUGAUUAUAUACAAUUCAUUUCAAGCAUUUCAAAUAAGGUUUCAUCGUUGUGGAGGCGAUAGUGGUUCGCUAGUGGGACAUCAUGGAGACAUCAGUGAACAUCUGUGAGGCGUUAGUGGUUUGAUUGUAGGACAACAUGGAGACAUCGGUUAAAAUCAAUGAGGCGAUAGUGGGCAGUGGGCCAUCACGUAGACAUCGUUGAACAUUAGUGAUAGUGUUGACUUAUAAUUGCGUAGUCAACACUCUGCUGUACUGAGGCUACUGUUGUACCAAUACAUUGUUGACCGUAACAUCAGGAUGUUGUAGCAUUACCAUUGCUGUGACCAUUAUACCAUAACACCAUUGUUCUAUAAACAGUUGUACCAUGACACCAUUGUAAAGAGAUACCAUUGACCAAAAGACAGUUGUACCAUAACACUAAUGUACCACAGCAUCUUGUACCAUAACACCAAUGUACCACAGCAUCGUUGUACCGUAACACUAUUAGACCAUAUGAUUGUUGGACCAUAGCAUCGUUGAACCAUAACAUCUUUGUACCAUAACAUCAUUGUAACAUAACAUCGCUGAACCAUAACAUCGUUGUACCAUAACAUCGUUCUACCAUAACAUCAUUGUACCAUAACAUCGUUGUACCAUAACAUCAUUGUACCAUAACAUCGUUGAACCAUAACAUCGUUGUACCAUAACAUCAUUGUACCAUAACAUCGUUGCAUUGUUGCUUGGUUGUAUAAGUAUUAUACUCAUCAGGCUGUAAAUCUCAGAGAGUGGAUUGUUUUGCAUGUUGAAUAAACAGAUAGUAGAGAGGGAUUCAUUCAUAGUACAACGCAGAAUCCAAUUUAUUAUUAAAAGUUUUGAAAAGAUAAUGAUUGAUCGCGGAGAGAGAGAGUUAACAGUCACUAAGAACAUUCGUGCAUGUGAUGAUAUGGUAAUUAUCUGUCCUCCUUGUAAGUUCGACAUAUACAUAAUUUCAAAUGUAACGUUGGUUAAUAUAUCCUUCACCAUAUAAGUAAAUUUCAUUUAUGCACUUUUAUUCUUCGCCAUGGGUAUGGCCCGAAAUAUUCAUAUUCGGAUACAGUGCAAUAUACUCCUCAACAGGUAGUGCUGAUUUGAAUUUCACAAUAGGAUUCUUGUCUUCUUCAGCAUCCAUUGCCUGUUACCUUACCCUUUCUGCUAGUACCUCUUGCAAGCCAAUGUCUUACAGAAAAUUACUUAAGUCUAUAACAAAAGCAGCAACAAACUAAAGUUAUCAUACCACGCACAAAGACAGGAAACCCCAACAACAACAGCAAUAUACCGGAAUAAUAAACCUGUCCAUUUACCUUCAUAUCGCGUGAUGCCUUUUUUGUCAAAGCAGACAAAGGCCACUCCAAAUGAGUUUAAUUACAUGUUAUAAGCUCCCCAAACUUAAACAUUAUUUUAAGUCAUUUUUCUGUUAAAAUGACAUACGUUGAAUGCUGCUAAUGUAUUGCUAGACAAUUCCUUGCAAAUGAUACUGAGCAAUAAUCAGGAACCUGCAGGGUAAGAAACCAUGUUUCUACUAUGGUUUUCUAAUAGACAGAAACGAAAUAAAAUGCAGCUCAUGCAAAUUUCAUAAACACCUUUAUUUCUUUCAGGUGCUAUAUAACAGCUUAUCAUUUGUUAUAUAAAUAAAGUCUGUCUUCAGUAUUCUAGGAGAUAUUUAUCAAUAAAACAAAAACAAGAUACUCAUAGACAAACAAAAAUAAAACAUUAAUAAAUUUGCCCUCACCCUAACUAUUGCUAUUAAAUUCUAGUACUUACAUAUGUACAACGUAAUAAUUAUCAAAGCCUUUCACUUAUCAUGCAGUGACCUAUAAUAAGCAAUUUACUAGUUUCAGAGAAGCUUUUUUCUUUUAAUCAAAAGAAAAAAUUUUGACUAGUCCUUUUUAUCUACAAUUAAAACAGAUAAGCUACAUGUAGAAGUAACCUUUUGAUUUACUUAGUUUCUUGCUUUUUACAAGUAGCUUUAUCUACUACUGACCUAUCUUUAACAGAUCGCAAUAAGGUCGGAAUAUGAAAGGCGUCUAUUGUCUUAAAUCUCUAAAACUUUCCGCAAAGAUAACCAUAUUUUUCUUGAUAACACGGAAUAACACAUGUUGAUAUUCAGAUGGACAUUUGACCUCUUUUAAAGGACUAUGAUUGUGGGAAUCGCUAUCAUUAUUUGAGAAACUGAUUUUUGUCCUUAUUUGAACCAAAAGUAUUUGUAAUUUUUCUUUCUUGUCCUAUUUUGACUAAACUAUCCAUAUCUAAUAAAGACACCUCAUGUGUCAUGUAAUGUUUGGUAAUGGGUGGAAUUUCGAAAAUAUAGGCCUACAAAUGUGAACUUGUCCAUAUUUUACUACACAUGUUUGUGAAGUUUGCAGUUUAAUAACCUGCAUUGUCUACAUUCUAUUAUAAAAAAAAAAAGAUAUAUCCAAAUCUCUUUAGACGCAUAUAAUUUCUGGCUACCCUUAGCCUUUGUAAAUCGUAGUAAAUAUGAACCCCAAAAUUAUAUAAGAAACUUUUUUUCUAAAAUAACAUUUCUCGUCAUAUCAGAGAAUAAAAAACAAAUAAUUUACUUCUUUCUACCCAUUUUGAAACGAAAUGAUCCAAUUGCAAAUUUACAGGUUUUUCUUUGAUAACUUUGGUUGAAGUGAUAAAAAGCCAUAAACUUAUUAUAAAUCAACGUCUUAUUGAAUAUGUUUACCAAUUGUACUAAACAAGAAUUUGGAUUAUCUGCCUUAUUGAGAUAAUAAACAUUUUUAACUGGAUACUUAAAUCUUCUUUUAAUGGUUUCAUUUUGAGAGAAGAGUGCUAAACAUUUAAACAUUUUAGAUGUACAUAAGAUACUAUUUCACACUGUAAAUAAUCCCUUUUAAAACGACAAAUCAUAGAUUUCUAUUUACUUAAUCCUGUUUAUGAAAAAGUUUGCAUUCCGGUCUAAUGCUGAUAUUGUGUGAUUUUUGCCGAAUGUGCGUAGCUGAAAGCCUACUUGAAUUUCUGUUGCUAAACAAUGGACGGCUUGCACCAUACUAGAAGGAAGGGAAAAAUAAACAGGACUUACAAUUGUUCUGAUGUAUAACUUCUUAUGUUGUACUUCCGUCAUUCCUCUCAAAGACUGUAACUAAAACUGUCCGCCGACGAAACUGCUCAAAAUUCCUAAAAGUCUAAACAUUGUUGAAAAAAUAUCCUGGUCACGGCACCAAGAAGAGCGAUGUACCCCUAUCAGCCGUUUUAUAUAUAGUUCGUUAGUCAAUCGUAUAGUGGAUUUUAUUUAGUACAUAAAAAAAUGAGGUACAAAGUUCUUUAAAUAUGAUUUAUUCAUUCCAAAUCCCGAAAUUAUCCUGAAUUAAUUAAUACAUAAAAAUCUCUCUCUCUAGAUGCACAUUUAAAAUAAAUAAUUCUAUCUUUCUUAAAUUAAUUUAUCCAUAGUUCCAAAAUAGUCCUUUAGAAUAAAAUAAGUGUAAUAAUAAUAAUUAUAAUUUAGAAUCUUAAAUGCCAAAACUGAGAGACACCCAUCUUCUUACAGCUCUGCUUGAAAGCUAAGGCGCUCUGCAGCAAAAGCGCUGCCUAGCUAAGGUGCUCUCGACAUCCUAACCUACUAAGCCCACCUAUCAGUCUGUUAAUGAGACAAGAGUUAUAUAGCAAAACCGUUAAGGAUGAUGUGUCAACUGAUGACCAUUUCUCAUGCCACCUUAGUGGAAUUAGUAUAUAAUAUAUUCUAACAAGGUAUAUUUAAGGAAAGCAAUCCAGUAACAUCUUAUAAUAAGGAUAGAUAUCUGCACGUCGAAUAGAUACCACGGUGGCACUUGUCAUGCUUUACUUGCUGACCCUUAAAUUAGUCUCGCCUUUACUAUAGUCUAGCUUCUUUAAAGAAAAUGAAUAUGAUUUCAAGUUUAGAAAAUAGUUAAAAUCAAAAUCUUAUCAAUUACAAUAACGAUAAAGUCAUAGUAUUAUAUUUACCAGUGAAAUAUUACUUACACUGAAUAUUUUAUAUUUGCCCUUUUUGCAGCUGUCGAAUUUUGUCCAAAUAUAAGUAAUUAUUUUACCAGUUUUGAGAGGAUUUCAAUUGAUGGGAAAUUACAGUUACAAAUUAAAUACCUUUCUGCAACACAUGGAGUCAUUAGCAUUCACUGUCAAUCAGUAUUAUGACUAAGAUCGACUGUCAUUCGUUCAUUUCAAAGUUUCAUAGACAGAGUCCGUUGUUUACAUUUUUAUCGUAACCGGUGCACUUGUAAAAAUCACUUUAGUUUGAAAAAUCAAAGUAUGCAAAGAGCUAUGGUACGGUCUCUACAGAAUUUCAAGAUUCGGAGGUCAAGAUACCAAGUUCCAAUUGAAUUUUAAUUGUAACAUCCACGGUUUAAAACAUAUCAAAGAAAGAGUUGUUUUACAUGAAAAUUAAACAGUUUAUGAAGCAUGUAUAUUACUCUAUAAAAUAAUUGUAAAUUUACUGGUAUAUGAAUAGAAUUCAUAGAUAGAAAAGGACUGCAUAAAUAUGCCACACUUUUUGGACAGUUCAGUGCCAUUAAAAUACACCAUUUUCAAAGACAUGUUAUAUAUCUUCAUUUUGAUGCAAGUGCAAUAAUAGUGCUGAAAUUUCAGGUAACAAGGUUUAACAUAGUUUUCAUCAAUUCUUCAUUUUUAUUUCUUUACAAAUGGCCCUCUUUUUAAAGGGGGACAACUUUUAGAGAAUAUUUUAAGUAUCCAGAAUUAUGGGACAGGACUGUGAAACAUGUAUUGGACAGGUAGAUUGAUUGUCAAGAUGUUGUUCUUUUACCAAAUAUUUCUGCAGUUUGAUCAUAUACUGCUUAACCUUAAAACAGACAUUUUGUUAUCAGUACUUUUAAUUACUCCCUGUUAUUACUUUAAUUCAUAACUAAUGAAGGAAAGUAGUUUCUCAACAAUAAAUCUUGCAACUUGCACCUUUAAGAAGUUGUAUGUUACAAAGGUUGUCAAUUUUCAAAGGCUGUAAAUGAACAGAAAUAAUGAAAGGCUGUAACAUAGGAAAUAUGUGAAUGCUAAGCAAGAUUUUUGUUUAUGAAAGCAAGAUCUGUUUUUAGCUCACCUGAGCCAAAGGCUCAUGGUGAGCUUUUGUGACCGCUCAAUGUCCGUUGUGUGUCGUGUGUAAGUCAACAUUUUCUAAAAAAAUCUUCUUGAAAACCACUGGGCAGAAUUACACCAAACUUCACAGGAAUGAUCCUUAGGUGGCCCCCUUUCAAACUGUUCAAAGAAUUGAAUUCCAUGCAGAACUCUGGUUGCCAUGGCAACCGAAAGGAAAAACUUUAAACCGCAGGGCCUAGGGCUUUGAUAUCUGGUGUGUAGCAUCAUCUAGUGGUCCUCUACUAAAAUUGUUCAAAUUAUUCCCCUAAGGUCAAAUAUGGCCCCACUCCGGGGGUCACAUGGUUUGUAUAGACUUGUAUAGGGAAAACUUUGAAAAUCUUCUUGUACAAAACCACAUGGCUUAGGGCUUUGAUAUUUGGUAUGUAGCAUCAUCUAGUGGUCCUCUACCAAUAUUAUUCAAAUUAUCCCCCUAGGGUAAAAUAUGGCCCUGCCCCGGGGGUCCCAAAUUUUACAUAGACUUAUAUAGGAAAAAAAGUUUAAAAACCUUCUUCUCUGAAACCACAACACUCAGACCUUUGAUAUUAGGUUUGUAGCAUUGUCUUAUGGUCCUCGACCAAAAUUGUUUAAAUUGUACCCCUGGGGUGAAAAGAGGCCCUGACCUGGGGGUCCCAAGUUUUAUGUAGACUUAUAUAGGAAAAAACUUUAAAAAUCUUCUUGUCUGAAACCAUAUGACCUAGGCUUUUGAUAUUUGUUAUGAUGCAUUGUCUAGUAGUCCUCUACCAAAAUUGUUCAGAUUAUGCCCCUGGGGUUAAAAGAGGCCCGCCCUGGGGUUACUUAGUUAUUAUACGAGUUAUAUAGGAAAAAAUAUUUAAAAAAUCAUCUGAUCCUAUUUCCAAGACUGUUUAAUUAUAAUUACCUGAUGAUCCCAAGUAACAUGAUGUCACUUGACUGUGACAUUGACGUACUGACCUACUUUCCUGUUUUUUUAAGAUACAGCCUUGAAAUUUUGAUGACAUACACAGUUUUGCACAUCAAUCAUAAAACUGAAUUUCAUUAACCAUGAAUAUGACCUACUGACUUUCCUAAUAUUUUAUCAUCAGUUUUACAUUUGAAACAUGUAGCUCAUAUUACUCAGGUGAGCGAUCCAGGGUCAUCAUGACCCUCUUGUUAACCCUUACCCUGCUAAAUUUCUAUAAUGAACUUGUCCAUCUUUCAAAUUGGACAGUACCAUCAACUUUUAAAAGGGCUGCUAACCAAAAAAAGAUACUGACUGAAUGGCGAACAGUGCAAAGGCAGAUUCACUUGCCCCAGCAUGAUAAGGGUUAAUCAUUUUUGAUGUGCGAGUCUUAAUGAAAGCAUAUACAUUCUGUGGAAACAAAUACUUAAAGGGACAUGCCUACUGAUGUUCAUUGCAUUUUUGCAAACAGUAGCGAUAGUAAAUUAAGAAGGUCAAUGUAAAUCAAGUUGAUAUGAAAUACAUCUAUUUUGCAUAACAUUUUGACUGACACAAUAGAGCUUUUUACACAUUUUACAGCUUAUCCAAAAGUUAUAGUACUGUCUAAAAUUCGCCAGAUUAUUUUUUGUUUGCCUGUUAGUUUCAGUUACUUGUAAGCAGACUUAAAAAAUUUGACUAAACUUGGCAGGGAUAUCCCCCUUGAUGGAAUAACAUUUUGCAGGGCUCUGACUGUAGUAAUGAAAUGUUUAAGUAUGCCUUUUCUUAUUUAUGAAAUUGAAGCAAUUUAUAUCUGUUACAUUCUAUCUGCUGUGUAGAGGUACAUGAGAUAUUCAAAAUUUAUUCUAUAUACAGUCUUUACAAGAGUUCUGUGAUUAAAGUUUAACAAUUUGAUUAUUAAGUAUCAUUUAUUUCGUAGGGAAGGAUUUUACAUUUUUACUCUCCUGCUAUUUUUGAUACUAUACAUUAUUCUAAAAGAUCUCCAAGGGAGAUAAAUUCUAAAAAUAUCUUGACUAGUUUUGAAAUUGAUGUCCAAAAAAAUUUAAUAGAGUAUUUUCCAUUCCAAACAAAUGUUUUGGGCUUUAGAAUUUUUUAGUUUGCAAUUUUGAAUCCUAUAUGAAACUUUCAGAAUAUCUUAGUUAGUAUAAACAUACUGCUUAUUUAAGAAUUUUGAAUAUAAUUAUGUUUUUGAAUUUCCCUAGACCAAAAAAAACAUGGAUUGCAUUUUCUCAAACAUUAACUAACCAUUUCUUUGGGGCCAUUUUCAUAGAUUCCUAGACUAAUGUAAAUAUGUCAUUGAACUUUAUGUAAAUGUGUCGUUAAAACUUACAAGAAUUCUGUGAUAUUAAAUGUUAUAGCUGA